AUGAUAUAUAAAGGGGCAAGGGGAUUUGCUUACACUGCAAGGCACUAUGGGAAGAAGCCUCUGUAUGCAAAGACGUUGCUGCUUCCGCAGUCGACUCUUGGGCCAAAAAUACCAGUUGGAGAACAAAGACUCCGAUUGAUACAAGAAUCAAGCCGAGAAAUUUAUGAUUGGCAGUUGGAAAGAACAGAAUAUUCGAAAGAAUUUGUUCUCCACGAUGGCCCACCAUAUGCAAAUGGUGACCUUCACCUUGGACAUGCUAUCAAUAAGAUUUUAAAAGACAUUAUCAAUAGAUUCGAGUUAAUUCAUAAUAACGCCAAAGUGAAGUAUAGACCUGGUUGGGAUUGUCAUGGCUUGCCCAUAGAAAUGAAAGCUAUCCUGGGGGCUAGCGAUGAGUCAAAUCUUCUGGCAAUUGAGAUCAGAAGCCUGUGCCGCGAACUUGCUCUUUCUAUGAUAAAGAAACAACGAACACAAUUUCUUGACUUUGCAAUAAUGACAAACUUUGAUGAUCCUUAUAUCACAAUGUCCCGGAACUAUGAGAUUCAACAAUUAAGGGUAUUUCAAAAGCUUAUAGAGAAUGGCUUGUUAUCGCGACAACUUAAACCGGUUUGGUGGGGAUGUGAAACUAAAACAGCGUUGGCUGAAGCAGAAUUAGAAUAUAACGAUAAACACAACUCGAUUGCAAUUUAUGUGAAAUUCCCCGUAUCUUCCGAAAAUUUAUUAGACAAAAUUCAUUUGAAGUAUCCUUUUAUCAAAUUGAAUCAUGGGGAUCUCAAGCUCUUGAUUUGGACUUCUACUGCUUGGACAAUCCCUGCUAAUAAGGCAAUCUGCAUAAAUAAAAAUUUCAAAUAUACCCUUCUUCACGACGAGUCAAGCAAUGAACAUUUAGUCGUAGCUGAACUGUUAGCAGACAGAGUUUGUGAACUUAACAAUAAAUUCGUUCGAUAUGACAACCCUGUUUUAAUUGACGGAAGUGAUAUAUUAGGAUCACAUUACAUCAACCCAGCUAUAGGUCCAUCUAUCACUUUCCCUGUUCUUCAUGGGGACCAUGUUUUAGACAAUGCCGGAUCUGGUUUAGUUCACACGGCUCCUGCCCAUGGCAUGGAAGACUACUUGGUUGGUCAGAAAUAUGGUUUGAAUAUAGAGUCUUCUGUUGAUGAAGACGGAUGCUAUAUCGAAGAUGUGAUUCCUGGAAUCUUCAAGGAAUUGGCCAAUCGAAAGGUGACGCAUAAAGCUCUUUUGAAGGAUUGUAUUAACAUCAUGGAUCUGAAGGAUAUGAUUUACUCUUUAGACGAUAAGUUUAAACACUCAUAUCCUUAUGACUGGAGAUCGAAAAAACCGGUAAUACAGAGAUCCACCCCUCAGUGGUUUAUAAAUAUUGAUAAGAUUAAAAGUUUUGCAAUUAAUUCUUUGAGAGAUGUUGAUUUUUACCCACAAUCGGCGAAGAAUAGAUUUUUACUGUUUUUGACUAACAGGAGUGAGUGGUGUAUCUCAAGACAGAGAGUAUGGGGUGUUCCUCUACCCAUGAUAUAUCACAAAUGCUCGGGAGAGCCAAUUACUGAAAAGCAUGUCGUUAACUAUGUGAUAGACAAACUUGAACAUUUAGGCACUGAUGAAUGGUUUAGGAGUGAAGCUAACAUAGAACGUUGGCUACCUGGCUCCUUGAAAGGUGAAGCAAGCAACUACGUCAAAGGCAAAGACACAAUGGAUGUUUGGUUUGAUUCAGGUACCUCUUGGACAACAUUAUCUGAAGAUUGGCCAGAACUAGUAAGAUCCGAAAGGCAUUUAGCUGAUGUUUAUUUAGAAGGUAGUGACCAACACCGAGGUUGGUUUCAGUCUUCUUUGUUAAACAAGAUAAUUGCAUCAGGAAAAAAUGGAACUGAUUUCAACUCAGUGGCACCAUUUAAAAAGGUUAUAACACAUGGUUUUACUUUAGAUAAAGAUAAUAACAAGAUGUCCAAGUCAAAGGGAAAUGUUAUUGCACCUCUUCAAGUGAUUGAAGGAGGUGGUAAACCAUCACUUCCACGAUUGGGUACUGACGGCAUAAGGUUAUGGGUGGCUUCCUCGAAUUAUAAUUCCGAUAUUUCAGUGAGUAAUGAGGUUUUAUCAAGGAUAUUUGAAAAUGUGAAAAAGUUCAGAAUUACCUUAAAGUUUUUAAUAGGCAACUUGUUCGACUUUAAGACACCUGUUGAGUAUCAGAAUUUGAGUCCGUUAGACAAAUAUGUUCUUUCUAGACUUUUGAAAUUACAGAAAGAAUGCGUGGACCAUUAUCAGAAGCAUAAUUUCUUGAAGGUUGUCAAAGCUAUCAACACACAUGUGAGCUCGGAUUUGAGUGCUUCUUAUUUUGACAUUUCAAAAGACUGUCUUUACACAGAUGCGCCGAAUUCACAUAGAAGAAGGGGAAUACAGACUGUUUUGCAAAUUAUAUUGCGAACUUACAUAGGUUUGUUAGCUCCGGUUCAACCUUUAUUAACUCAGGAAGCAUGGAAUGAAAGUUCUAAGAUAUUUUCUCGGCUGGAGACCUCACCCUUCAUGGUUGGCAGAUGGGAAGACUUUUAUGAACUUCCCGAAGAAUACGCAAAUGCUACGGUCGAAGAAGAAAUCCACAAUAUUUGGCAAAUACGAGAAGCAGUCUUCAAGGUCUUAGAAUAUCUUAAGAUGGAGGGAAAAUUUAAGAAUAAGUUAGAAACAGUUGUUAAUUUAGAUGUGUCUGCUAAUUCUACUUUGCAUAAAAUAUUGUGUGGACAUAAAGACUUCUUAUGUGAUUAUUUUUUGGUAUCAAGAGUUACCCUUAACAAAAGCUUGCCCGACGAUAGUAAUUUCAAGCAGCUGACUAGUUUAGAAGUCGGUGAAUGUAAAUUGAGAAUUGAAAUUGGGCUGUCGGACCAUGCUAAAUGCCCAAGAUGUUGGAAGUUUAUUUCGGAGACUCCAGACCAUCUUUGUUCAAAAUGUCACUCAGUUGUAAAGCAACUUGAAAAAUUGUAA